AUGUAUUUGAUUGUUUUGUUUGUGAAGUUGGCUCUGGUCCUGGAUCUUUAUCACGCUGGAGCAAGGCAUAUUGCAGCUGUCGAGAUUCACCGCAAAUUCAUCCCUGAACUUGAGGUAUUGUGAGUAAAUUGUUCGAGUUAAGCCGGUUUUCCACUAGCGAAUUUUUUCGCGCGAAGCGACCUUUUUCCUUUGUCGGCAUCCAUUUUGCCACGUCUUGCUGACGUAAUAAGUGAUACCGACAAAGGAAAAAGGUCGCUUUGCGCGAGAAAAUUCGCUAGUGGAAUUGUGGAAAACCGGCUUUAGUGGGGGUUCGAGUUAACGGGGUCGGUGUUGAAUUUCGUCUAUUAUGUUAAUAAUUACUUUAAUAAUUAGGUAUAGUCGUUUUAUUAUUCAUCACAAUGAGGGAUGCAGCUACCUGCCUGAAAAAUAUUAGGAGUUAAUGACAGCUUGUUGAACCUUUUAUCUCUUUAUCGACUUGUAUUACGUUUGAAUACAUUAUAGUGAUUAUACUAUUUAUACACUUAUUGUUGUCUGAACAGAGUGAACAGAAUUAGAAAUCCAACUUGUCAAUGUGCUGCGUUCUGGCAUUUUGAAGUUUGCCAUCCUUAUUAUAGAAGCUGUAUUAAAUGUUUCCGACACUUGACUGCGUCUGUGCACGUUUACUUUUUGGUGCUUCAUUGGUUCUUAUCCCUGCAAAACAGGCAAUAAUUUUAUUCAUUUUAUCUUUACUUUUUUUUGCAAUGUACAGUAUAGUCUUAGACCACGUUAACACUAAAGGUCCAUGCAGACACACCGGACGCGAUUCGACAACGCGAUGCGAUUUUUUAGUUUUUGAAAGUUAAUAAAACAGCCAAUGAGAGCAAAUUUUAAAAGAUACGUAGACCAAAUAACUCAAAAUGUUGUAACGCUUCUAAAUAUUUGGAAAGUUUAAACCAGCAUUAAAGUUAUCGGUCAGUGAAAAUCGAAAAAUCGCGUCGCGUUGUCGAAUCGCGUCCGGUGUGUCUGGACCUUAAACCGGAACAGAAUUUGGGUGUGUUCACAUUACGCCGUUUCAGUUUGUUUACAAAUUAAAUUAGCGCUCAUGUAAACCCAAAAUAUUUCAAAUUGUUUUCAAACAAUUUCGCGCCCGCGUAGUGUCAACACAGCGGCCAUAAUUGUGACUUUUCUGCGCCGUUUUCAAACCGCUCCGGUGUAGCUAUAUUUAUGGCGGGGGGUGGCACGGAACAGAAAUCUUUUCCUUGGUAAAAUUUUUUGCCUAUCUAACCAUUAAAAAGUCAAAAAAAUUUUUAGCCAACCUCGAAUAUCAAUUAAAAAAUAAAUACCCACCCCUGGCCAAAAACUUUACAAAAUGAUACCACUGAUUCAGUUGUCACACAUGUCCUUUACGACUUCUGUGACAUGAGUUUGAUAACUGCUUAUGCAAUUUUCUGCAAUCUAAAGUUUCAUGUUGUCUGCACAUGUACUUUCUUUGGAGACACCAUUUGUCUCCUAACAAACCAGAAAAUGAUCAAGAUAGUGACUCUGAUUGAUUGAUUUACAUAUUGUAUUGACAUAUGACAUUUUUUACUCUUUAAUAUUUGAGUGAAUCUUGCUUUGGAUAUGACAAAUUUUUAUUACCCAACCCUUGAGUUGUUUUAUUUUUUUUAUUUUUCAUUUACCCAACCUUUUACUCACUCAACAUUUUGUUUACCCAACCCUUUUCUUUAAUAAUGACCGGUGCCUUAAAUUUGAGUUUUAGUUAAAUAGUUUCGUGUCAGCUCAUUCAAAUGAACUAAAUCAGUAGAUGCACGAUUAACAUAUAUAUUAUAUGUCUGUUAUAGGUUGUCACCAGUUUUAACACCGUUACACACUGUGAGCAACGCGCAAAAUCGUACCAAAAAAUCAAAGAUACUUCAAUAGUGUGAGCCAUAACACUAUCUAAAACCUCUAAUCUAUAUUUCAGCCAAUAUUACCUAAUCUGCACAAUUUUAGCUUGUCUUAAAACCGUUUUAAGAAUGUUAAUUAUGCAAACACAUCGUAAACACUUGAACUAUAUAUGUAAUAUUUUAAUAUACUGGCAACGUCAACGCAAAAAGAUGUUAAAGCCAACGGUUCAAACAUAUUCAAUAAGAGUUGAAGUUAAAUGCUUCCCAUUCUAAAAACAGCUAGCGAUGAAAAACUGCGUGAUUUUGACAUUGCCAUUGAUCAACUUAUUAAUCGUUAGUGCUAUACUAACAUUGAGUCACGAAUACCAAAGACCGAAUAUUUUAAAGAGCAAUGCGGUUACAAGACAAGACGUGUAUGAUACAGAUUUUCUACGAGACCAACAGAAAUUAAACGGUUUUCAAAACUGGGCUACGGACUCUGGGAAAGGCCAAAUGCUAAGAGCUGAACGGUUGAAGUCGACAGGUACAAGUAUAAUGAAAUUGACUGAUGGUGACCUUAAAUAUUAUUCGUUGAGCAAUAAUAUUGGCAAAAUAAACAAAGUUCUAUCGAGCAGUAAAAACAUCGCUUUGAAGAAUGGACAAAAAAUUUACAAAGAUUCGAAGAGAAUACGGAGGGCUAUUGAAACCGAAAACCAGAACACAACAGGCUACAGUGUGGAAUGCGAAGUACCCUCGCUUUCAUGUCGAAAUUGCUGCAACAACUCGAGUAAUUGCAGCCAUCAAUCGACAUUUUGUCGUUGCGACCCGCAGUGUACAUUUUAUAACGACUGCUGUGUUGAUUACGAAACAUUUUGUGGAAAGAAAGAGGAGAUUUCGUUCGGAAUUGAUCGAGAAGGGCUUUCGUGUAUAAUCCCACAGUAUGUUGACCUGAACAGCGACUCCACGCGAGUUUGGAUGGUGAACAAGUGUCCAAACAAUAGAAAAAUCGACGAAAUUUCACAGAGCUGUGAAAAUGCUGACGAGUUGGAAUUGAAUAUAACGAACAUACAAAAACUCGUUCCGGUUAUAGGUCAAAAUAAACUGACUUUCAGAAAUCAAUUUUGUGCCAAAUGCAACGGUAUUGAACACUUCGAGUAUUUUGGCUUCAACUUGAAAUGCUAUGUGGUACCGCCUGCCUCUAUCAGUUCGUUUGCUGAACUGACAGAAUUUGCUUCAAAGUACUGCGCUCCGAAUAAUUGGCUAUUCAUUUUCAGGGAGGCUAACCAACCAAUUCGCGAAUGUAACCAAUAUUUUCGAAACCUCUGCCCAACUUUGAAUGAACUCAACGAAACUUGCAACCAACGACCCUUGUGUGUAAAUUGUACUUCCAGAAUUCAUUGGUGUAAUUUAAAUCUGUCGAAAUGGGAUGACAAUGCGGAAAAGACGUGUACAAAGUUGUGUAUUGGCGAAGGGGGCGUUUCACCUUCAGAUUCGCCUGGCUACAUAGGACCAUCGAUAACAUCAAUAACAUCAUUUACCGUUGCCCUCCGUUUAUCGAAGCAAGGCGCUGUUUUCGAAGUAAAAGAACCAAGAUGCCCUUUAAAUGGACAAUUUUACGAUCGCUACCUCGAGACGUGUCGAGCGGGUCAGUCCAUAAGUUCACCAGUUAAGCAUAACCUUGACAGAUAUGAUGUAGUCGUUUGGCUUGAUACAAAAGGAAGAAAAGGAAGACAACUUUAUCCCACUUUGAACGAAACCAUCUCCUCUCUUGCUGAACUGUUCAACUUCAAACGUUCUCAAGUGAGUGUUUUACAAGAUAUACAAACUGAAAAUCCGACGUAUAGGGUAAUUCGUUUUGAACUUGAGCUGACAAGCGAACAGAUGUUACGUUUAGGGAAAGAUAAUCACACCAACGAUGCGAUGUUACGUUUUGGAAACGAUUCAGGAAUUUCGACAAACGUUCUUCCACUUCGAAGACUUUUAUUUUUCUCACGAAAAUUUAAUGUGACAAUUUCAAAACCGGGGUGGGAUGUUGAUGAUACGGUAUACAAAAAUAACCUGACGUUGACUGUAUUUAAGACAACCUCUCGUCAACUCGCUUGCAUCGGGAAACAGACAUAUCCCAAAGGUACAUAUUCUUUAUUACAAUACGGGAAAUAUUAUAUCAAUUCAACUGGCGAAACUUUCGCAAAAAACCAAGUGUUCUUCGACGAGGAUAGGAACGACAGCAUUUCUGUAUGUGUGCAGAUUGUCCCGAAAGAUUGUGACGGACUAAGAAUUAAUCUGACCUCGGAAGAAUACGUCAAGUUUGAUAAUUUGAGUAUCUUUUACAACAGAACAAAAACGAUUUACGAUUUUGGCGAAUACGAUAUCGAAAAUGGGAACAUUUUCAUGUGUAUUCCUGAAUAUUCAUCAAAGAUAAUACAUUGGAUUCCCGGUGACUCCGAUGUUGUCGAGAAGUAUUUGACAUUGAUUUGUCUUGUUGUAUCAUUGGCUUGUUUAUUUCUGGUCAUUCAGACAUACCUCAUAUUUGCCGAGCUUCGCAACCUUCCCGGUAAAAACGUUCUCAGUUUAUCAAUCUCCUUAUUCCUGGUACAGUUGCUGUGGUUAAUUCCGGACCGGCGGUACUCGUCCACGCUUUGUCACAUAGCAGCAGUCAUAAAACAUUACUUAUUCCUGGUAUCGUUUGUCGCCAUGGCAACAAUUGCGUGGGACACGCAUUCAGUGUUUGCAAGCAAUGAUCUUCCAAAGCCCUCGUCCAGUAAAUUUUACAAGUAUUCGGCGAUCGUCUGGGGUCUUCCAGCCAUGUUUGUUGCCGCAUGCGCAGUGGUUGACCAGAAAGAAAUUUACGCCGUUUAUGCUAAUGACCUGUUGUGUUGGUUUGAUAAUAUACAUGCGCAAGCGUGCCUAUUUGUCCUUCCAGUUGGGCUACUCCUGUUAUUCAAUAUCAUAUUAUUCGUCCUGACUGUAUUUUGUAUGCAACGUGUUCACGUAAGCGCAAGAUUAAUCCUCUCAGAUCAAAGUAAUAAAACAAUGUUUUGGAUCUAUCUCAAGCUGUCUGCUUUGAUGGGAUUCAGUUGGUUGUUCGGCUUCAUAUAUCUGCUCGUGGGAACUCUUGUUUUCUCGUGUCUGUUCGUAAUUUUCGCCUCGCUUCAAGGCGCUUAUAUCGCCCUUGCAUUUGUCAUGAAAAAAGCCGUGUGGGAAAAGUAUAAGAAAUUACUUGGAAGAAACCAGAGUGAAUAUAUAGCUAGCUAUCGAAGUACCUUGAUUGAAGACUUGAGUCACAGUAAAGAAACGAAAGUGUAAAGUAAAAAGCUGGACUGAUUCUUAUACCUGGUGUCCGAAAAAAAGAACCAGAACCGCUGUCACGAUCAAAUAAAUUUUACGGUAUCCAGAAAGGGCGAACUUAAAUUUUGAUAUAUUACAAUAAGAUUUUUAUGCAAUAUUAACGGAGAUAUCUGGAUAUUUGAAGUCCAACAAGCAUUUGUGAUAAUGCCAAAAAUUUGCGUAAAAUGCAUACCUAUUAAAUUGUAUCUGAUGCAUAAUUGUAUCUGUAUAUCACUUUACAUGUACGGCAUAUUUGUUUCAAAUAUCAAUCUCAAACUCAUUAAUUAAUAAUUCAUGAGUAAAUUUGAGCCAACCAUGCAUAUUACUUUAUUUUGUUCGCAUGAUAAUACUGGAUACCUGGUGAAGUAUAUUGAUCCAGUCCUAGGACUGGUGGUGUAAAUAGCGAGCAACAUUUGACAUUUGAUAUAGUUAAUAUUAAGUUCUGUUAUGGUUUAUAGACAUUUAAGUGAUGACAUUUUUGAGUGACAUUAUAGGCGUUAGUUGUAUCAGUAUUUUGUAAGAGAGACACGCGAGAGUAAAUAGACGGUUUAAAGGACGUAUAGUUAGAGAGAUUAACGUAAAGUUGUAGUCAGAGUCUUGUUUAUAUGUUAUAUUUGUAGCAUUUUGUUAUUAGUCAAUUUUACCAUGUUAUGUCGCGAAAAUAUGAUUGGAAUGCAUGUGUUCUAGCCUUUAUACUUAUACUAGGUGACUUUCAUUUUGUAUAGAAUAUAUUAUCUCAUUAUAAAAGAAAUCCCUGUUCGACUCAGUAAACCAGUCAGUGCCAACCAGCUGGAUCAAAAUUAAAUAAUUAAUUCACCUCAUUUUUAAGUAGUGAUGUAAUAUUUCAAAUCCGACUAUGAGGACUGGACUAGAUUUUGAGUCCGCGCAAUUUGAUCAAGUCCGAGGCGAAGUCGAGGACUGGGUCAAAAUGCGAGGACUUGAAAUCUAGUCCAUACUGAAUUGACCAUUUGCGUAAUAGACUAAAUUUUGAACUAAACGAGUCUAGACAAAAAUUUCAUUUGAAGGAGCAUCACAAAAUUAGGAAUAUUCCAAAGUUUCGUUGCAAAAUGUUGUAAAAUGCGGAAAAUAUAGCCUUGCGAAAUUUGCAAUUUUCAGUCAUUUUAGAUUACAAACGGGAAAUUGACAGCCCCAAACCCUUCGAGGCUGUCGAUCUCCGGUUUGUAAUCUAAAAUGCCACUGAAAAUUGCAAAUUUCGCAAGGCUAUAUUUUCCGCAUUUUACAACAUUUUGCAACGAAACUUUAAUAUUACUAAUUUUGUGAUGCUCUUUCAAGCUGUAAUGAAAUUUUUGUUGAGAUCAAAAUUUAGUCUAUUACGCAAGUGGUCCAUUGGAGGAUUUGAAAUGACAUCUCAUACGAAUAAAUCACUACUUAAAGUGAGGUGAAUUAAUUUUGGUCCAGUCCUAGGACUGAAUUAAUAUACUUCAUCAGGUAUCCAGUAUUGUCAUCUGAGCAAAAUAAAGCAGUACGGUUGGCUAAUUUACUCAUGAAUUAUUAAUGCCACAAUUGACUGAGCUGAAGAAGCAGUACCCGCUGCUGCUAACAGACCUACGAUGGAAACAGUUCGUUGAUUCUCUUCUACCUAGCACAAAAGAACGCGAGGACGUUGGCUCGUAAAAGGAUUCAGCUUUACAGUUUUAACUUUUUUUAUGAACUUGCAAAUUUUCAGGAUGAUCUGAGAUUUUUUGUGUAUUUCGACGAUGGUGAAGUAGAAUACGAUGCUGAUUCAGCAGAAGAGAAAAAUAAGGUACAGUUGGUUGGCUAAUCAUCGUGUUAGUUUUCUUGUCAGAUAGAUACUUUUGUGCAGAUUUUAAGGCACCUCUUAGACCCUAAGAAAGAAAUAAUGCGUUUAUUUUUCCAGAUCUGCAGUCUUUUGGAUGGAAUCGUGUCUGACAAUAAAAACUUGCAGUUUUCAGGUACCGUAAAACAGUGACAGCAUUUCUCACUCAGAUACACUAGUGGACACUGGUGGACAGUAGUGGAUACUGGUGGACACUAAUGGAUACUGGUGGACAUUAGUGGAUACUGGUGGAACACUGGUGGAGGGUGGGGAGAGGGAGAAUCCCUCCCCCACCUUUGAAUGAGCUGAAUAUGAAUGGCUGAAUUUGACAUGGCGAAAUUUUCUUUCUCUUUUUAUUCCCUGGAGAUUGGUUGCACACCAUUUAUUUUGCCUUGCUUAUUGAAUAGAAACAUCUUGUUAUUUUCCAGGACUCAACUCCUUAUCACGCGCGAGAGCAGCAUCGCUAUCUGUCAAGAGAGUUAUCAAAGAAGGACAGAUAGAAAAACGAGGACACAGUGCAGCGUUCUUGACCUGGUCCAAGUACGUCUUUCCAUGUUGUUUACUAACGAAAAUGAGAAUUGAUGAGAGUUGAGAUACGAGAGUUUGCAUGAGAGUUUUGUCAACUGUUCUGUCCCGUUCAAAUGAGAACAAGAGUUGCACGAGAGUUGAGAAGCGAGAGUUUACAUGAGAAUUUUCCUCAACUCUUGUGCUUGGUCAAGCGAGACCAAGAGUUGCAUGAAGGUUGAGAAGCGAGAAUUUGCAUGAGAAUUUUUUUCAACUCUUCUGCCUCAUUCAAAUGAGAACAAGAGUUGCAUGAGAGUUGAGAAGCGAGAGUUGGCAUGAUAAUUAAUGGGAGUUGAGUGGAUAUUACCGCGAGCGGAGCAAAAACCUGCCUCAACUCUUUGAGCCAACUCAAAGUUGAUAAAAGUGCAUGAAAGUGACUGAGCGAUCAAACACGAGCGAGCUUUGCGACUCUUAUCAACUCCUCUUUCAUCAGGGCUUGCAUGACUGAGAAAAUACGGUUGUCCAGAGUUUUGUACAACGUUGAUAUUUUAUUAACGUUUUGAUGUUUAGGCGAUAUCUAAGAAUCAAAGAGGGAGAAUUGGCGUAUUAUAAAGUUGGCGAGGAAAAUAUGGUAGGUGUUAUAUGUACAUUGUUAAAAUUCCUUUGACGAUCACAAAGUGUCUGACUGCCUGUCAUUAUAUGUUGUAGACCGCGCUGAAUAUAAUCAAGCUGGGUCCUGGGCAUGCGUUUAUCAAGAAAGCGGAACACAACGCGUUCAUCGUAUCUACACAAAAGAAAGAAUACAGGUUUUUGCCUUAAAAAACACUUCCAAAUUUGACACUCAACACAAUAGCUUGAACCCUAUUGAAGGUAUAGUUAUCCACAAAUUCAAUUCAGUUGUUGUUUAUAUUGAAGUUUAUUUAUACUUGUUACCCUUUAGUUUCCGAAUAGUAAACACAAACAAUUCAAAAGAUAUCACAGGCAUUAAACAAGAAAGAGAUGAGUGGUAUGUGG